CAACUUUAUUGGCCUCCUGCCCGCCAGCUUUAUUAUUGGGACGAUGCAGUCUUCCCCGAACCCAUUUUGGGGCGCCCAAACCUCUUAUCUCAACUUCUGCGAAGAGGACUAUGUUAUCACUCGGUUCGUGGCCGAGUUCAUCAAUACAUUCAGCAGCCUGAUCUACAUGAUAUUUGGAAUAUAUGGCUUGGUUCAACUUCGGAACAAGCAACAGGCGGGUCUCCGUCGGAUGUCCUACUGUGGCUUGAUUGGAGUCGGCCUCUGCUCUGCUGGUUACCACAUGACUCUUAAAUAUCACACACAAAUGUCGGACGAGUUGUCGAUGCAUCUGUUGACAACACCUUUGUUAUAUCGGAUUCUUACGUUUCAAGCCAGCCCGCAACGCACCAAGAUCACCGGGGCUAUUCUCCUGGUUAUGUUCACUAUUGUGAUGGUUGUCCACAUGGUCAUGGACGAGUUCGUUGUGCAUGCUGCCGGAUUUGGGCUGGCAGUAUGGUUAAUCGCAAGAUAUACGAUCAAAAUGAUUCCUGAUCAAAUCCCUGACCCUUGGUUGCGGAAAAAGAUUCAACGUUUUUCAUUCUUUGGCUGCUUCUGCUUUGUCUUUGGCUAUUGCGUGUGGCUCAUUGAUGAGUUUGCAUGUGCCAAUCUCACCCAAAUUCGACAGGUAGUCGGUCUGCCCUUGGCAUUCUUGUUCGAAUUCCAUGGAUGGUGGCAUGUAUUUACUGCGAUUGGUGGCUAUGUUGCCGUCGCGACGGUUGACCUCAUUACUUCAGGCGAAGUGCACCAAGAUCCCACCGAUAGCCUUGCCUGGCCAGCCCCUCUCAUGGCAAAGCUCGUUGAACCGAGACAAGAUUUCAUGAAACAGAAAUGAUCCAUGCAAUCAGGGUUUCCGGCAGCUCAGUUGCGCCAUCAGAUAAGACACGGUUUUCUAGGAUGAUGCUGGAACAUUCGGAGAUUUAUGUCUCCACAUCCGAACCUGCUU